AUGAUUACUAUCCAACCGGGCCCUUUGCCCCUUGUGGCUCUGGGAGGUAUAUUUUGGUCGCAAGUACAGGCGUAUGCUCCUCGCACCGGUGACGAGACUGGCCCGGACGACUAUGACCGGCAACCCAAUCCAGUCUAUGACAGGAGGUGGGAGAAUUAUGGCGCCGGUAACCAGCAGCCAUUGCUCUCCGGCCGAGAACGACCGGAGGGCACGACAUCGCGCCGCCUAGCUCGAGACUUUAUGAAUGAGCUCACGAGCCCACACAACACCCUUCUGGAUAACGACCGACGCCAAACUCUCCGACAACUGCUUGAUAGGAGCCCCGACACAGAACCCGAUCGCGACUUUCCUUUGAUCCGUCUCAGCCAACCAUUGCAGCACAUCGACUGGUCUACCGUGAGCAUUCCGCCCCGACUACAGCUGCUGCUGGCAGGGGACCUUGUCACAGCGGCCAUGUGUGCAGAAGCAGUCUUGCAGGUAGACAAGUUUGUGAAGCCGAACCGCGACAGGCGGGCGAUGCAAGCCGACUGCGAAAAACUGCUUGCAAAGAUUGGCAAGGCGCCGCCCUGCGCGAAACUCAAGAACCUUGAGUUCGGCUUCAAAUUAUCCAACGAUUACUGGUCUGGAACCUACGAUAGGAUAGGAGCCACUCUGGAUGGGCCGGCUGGAAAGGCUGUCCUGGCCAUCAAAGACGAGCCCUCGCCUGGAUUUGAGGCCUCGAUACCGGUGGAUAUGCAACGAUCCUUCGGUUCGGACACGAUCGACAUCGACGGUAUCUCAAGGAUCCAUCUUACCGCCCAGGGAAUUUUCUGGAAGUGGCGUAACGAGCGAAACGACAAGUGGCAGGUUCAAGACAUUACUCUACGCGCAACCUGCGCUGAACCGGGGUUCGAAUUCAAAAACGAUAAGCUCAUCGCGCUGAAUGCGUGGUACGGACAUCCAGGCGGCUGGUUCUUCGAGCCGUUCGAAGAGAAGACUGUUGCAACCUUCAACGUCACUCCAGGGGAUUGGCAUAUGACACCUCCAUGCGCCAACAUCAAGGGCCUGGAGUAUGAGUUCAAAUUGGGAAAUGAGCUCGGGGCCGGAACCUGGGAUUCGUUAUCAUUCACGCUCGGUCAGGGCAAGGAAAUCAGCCUCGCGAAUAGCGUGAGUGGAGGAUUUUCUAAGACGAAUCGUAUCAACCUCAGGGACGUCUUUGGCUCAGAGCAGGUUGACAUACGUGACAUUAAGAACAUCUCUCUCCUCGAUAGGGCUGGAAGAGGAGAUGGGUGGCUGUUUGAAGGAAUUUCAUUCACCGCAAGCUGCGCAGAUGUGCCAAAGAAGAUGCGUCUGAGCAAAUUUGCAUCGGUGGACAAAUGGCUCUAG